UGUGUACAUCCUAGCUACCAGUUUAAUUUGUGUUCAUACUAAAACACAUCGUCUUGUAAACUCAAUAUUCAAUGCACUAUCAUGGAUGUUCAUGGCUUUGAAUAUAAAUAUUAUAGAAACGAGAAAAUUUGUACUACUUUUAGUAAUCUACGGAGUGUACUUGCUAAGCGGUGCUGCCAUAUUUAAAGCUUUAGAGACAGUUAACGAUGUUGAACAAUCGACAGAUAUUGGUAAAGUUAGGGAUCUGUUUAUUUUGUCGCAUAAUUUAACUGAAGAAGAGUUUGAUUUUAUGGUAAGGAAAGUUUUAGAAGUUGUGAAAAGACGUUGUCAAAGAAUGGACGAAUGCGGAGCUCGUUGGGAUUAUUAUUCCUCCGUUUAUUUCGCUGUCAGCGUUGUUACGACAAUCGGUUACGGUCAUCUCUCGCCUGAAACGACAGGAGGGAAAAUAUUUUGUAUGAUGUUUGCUUUAUUUGGAAUUCCUUUAAACAUCAUGAUCUUAAAGCUGGUUGGAGAUCGUAUCGUUAGUUUAAUUCAGCUGACAUUACGGUGUAUUGAACAAAGAUAUUUUGAGAAGGAAGUUACAAAGUUAAGAAGCAAGACAGUCACUAUCAUAUUGUGUUUAAUGGUUCUCAUGUUGGUUCUAGGAGGAAUAUUGUAUAAUUUGACAGAACCUUGGACAUUUCUUGAUGGAUUGUACUUUUGUUUUGUCACUUUCACUACGAUUGGUUUCGGUGAUCUGGUACCAAAUGAAGGCAGAGCACCAAAGGGCCACUACCAAGUGAUCAUCGAAGUGGCACGAGCAAUCGUCUUAGUUCUCGGAUUGUCAGUGAUUUUUGCCUUCGUUCAUUUAAUUCUUGCGUUCGCUGAAGAUUCAGAGAAUAUCACGGAACCGGCCGUGAUACCACACGAAGAAAUAAAUAUAGAAAAAAAUUCUGAUGAAAUGUCCCAACUACCAGACAAAACACAUAAAUUAUGUGAUGAAUAAACUCCUAGGUUAUAAAAAUAUAU